UAGAUCAGUCGCCAUAUUGGAACUACCAGCUGAUUGCCCAGACUCCAACUGAUUGAUCUGCAAAAAAAAAGAAACAAUCAUGUUGACACCGAAAGUAUUGAAUAUAUCGAAAAUCGUUCGGAGAAACAUUGGAAUUAUGGCACCAUGCAUGCAAAAAGCUUCUGAUCCAAUCCAACAAUUAUUUUUAGAUAAAAUUCGUGAAUACAAAUCCAAGAGUUCAGGUGGAAAAUUAGUCGACCCAAGCCCUGAAAUCCAGAAAGAACUUAAAAGUGAUUUGGAACGACUCUCCACCCAAUUUGGAGGUGGACCUGGAGUUGAUAUGACCAAGUUCCCACAAUUUAAAUUUGAAGAUCCCAAAAUCGAGUAUGACAUCAUCAGCAAAAAUUAAUUACUAACAUUAUUUUUUUUCACUAGUGAAACUCAAAAUUUAAUUACAAUGUAUCUAUAAAUAAUUAGAAAAAAAAUAAUAAAAGUAUCGUUACAUUUAAAAACGUA